UCUGAUUUGUUUUGAUUUUAGAAAAACAAAAAAAUUUAAUUAACCUUUUCUUUGAUUACUGAUCGUUUUUUUUUGUUAAUUCAUAACAGUUAUGAACUUUUGUUUAUCGAUUCUUCUCACAUCAGUUAGUCGAAGUAGAAUGAGAAUAGCUUCUUAUUGUUCUAGUGUAAAAAACUCUAAUCUAACCAAAGUAAAUAAGGAAAACGGUGGAAUCCAUGUAACAUAUAUUACCAAGGAAUGUGAAAGAAUCACCAUCAAGGGAAAACUUGGUGACAAUGUUAUGUAUUUAGCCCAUUCAAACGAUAUUCCAAUCGAAGGAGCUUGCGAGGCUUCGUUAGCGUGUUGUACGUGCCAUGUUUAUGUAAAUGAUGAAUUUUUCGAUAAACUACCAACUCCAGAUGAAAGGGAAGAUGAUAUGUUAGAUAUGGCUCCGUUUCUGAAAACCAAUUCUCGAUUAAGUUGUCAAAUUAUUCUUACCGAUGAAUUGGAUGGUAUUGAAGUUACUCUUCCACCGGCUACUAGAAACUUUUACGUUGACGGGAAAAAGCCAACACCACAUUAGCCUUUAUGUUUAACUAAUUUCUCUCAAUUUAAAAUACGAUUCCCAUUUAAUCUCAAUCAACAAUCAACAAUUUAGAGCUUUUUUUUGACACUUGAUAUUGAGAUUAAUUGAUGGAUCCUGAGGAUUCUCAAACUCUGUCCAUUGGAAUCCAUUCAAUCCAACUCAAUCCCUCAAAGAGAAUGAGACAAAAAGAUUCAAACAAAAAUUGAUGGUGGAACAAAAAAUCAAUCAAAUCAAUUAAAUAAUAGUCAUGAUUCAAUUGGAAAUAUCAACUAGAGGAUGAGAAGAAAAAAAAUCUCCAUCAAUUUCGAUUGGCUAUCAUAUUUGACCGUCGAUGUUAAAUAAACCUGAACCCGGUAAAAAAUUGAUUCAACGAAAACAAUCAACUUCAAUUGAUUGAUAAUCUAAUUUGUGGUUAGAAUAAUUUUCUUAAUCAUCAUGGUCGACAAUGAAAGAGAAUAAGAAAAAUGAAAAGAUACUUGGAACAAGAACGAAAAAACAAAAUCAAAUGAAAUAAAGUUCGACUUCGAAAGUGUACAAGAAAAA